GAGCCCCACGGAGCCUGCGUCUGGGCCGCCAAGCUCCCCGCACACAGCCCGGCGGCGGGGCCCCUGUCCCCGUCGGCUUCCGGCGAUCGCGGUGGCCGGGCGGGGGGGGGGGGGGGGGGGGCGGUCCUCGGUGGCGGCUUAUCUAAGCUCUUGAACUCGCGGUUGACUUUACCGCGCGGCUUGUCCGCCUCGCCGCCCCUUCGUAACCUCUUAGCGGCGGCGCUCUGCCCACGCUCGGAGGAACCAGGGCGGGUCUAGGGUUGCCGAGGCUUUGCGCGGUUUGUAGGGUUUCUGCAGUACCCGGGAGCCGAAACUGAGAAGUCCAACGUGUUUUCAGAGGCCGGGAGCGUGCCUUAUCCUGCGGGCCUUAUCAAAACUUCCUUCCCUGACCCAGGGCCUGGUUAGCGGGAGGACUGGUGCCCGGGGACCUUAAGCCGGGGCCUACUUGAGACCGCUGGGGGGCCUCCGCCCCUACGGGAUCUGUGUUCGAUCAGUGGCCAGUUGCUCAGGCCCUCAGCUCCAGGCCCUCAGGCCCUCCUGCCCUGCCCACUUUUUGUCAGAAAAUUUCUUUACCUGCUAGCCCUUCCUGAAAUGUUUCCUGGCCUUGGGGCUUUAAAACCAGAGCUCCUGGAAUCACCUCCAGGGGCCAGAGAAAGGCCAACAGGAUCAUGUGGUAUGUCAGCACUAGGGGGAUGGCCCCACGGGUCGACUUUGAGGGGGCUCUCUUCUCUGGCUAUGCUCCCGAUGGCGGUCUCUUCAUGCCCGAGGAGCUCCCACAGUUGGGCAUAGAGACCCUGCGUCAGUGGAGUUCGCUCUCCUACCCCAGUCUGGUAAAGGAGCUGUGCACCCUCUUCAUUGGUCCUGAGCUCAUUCCACGAGAUGUCUUAAACGAUCUGAUCGACCGAGCCUUCCACAGAUUCCGCCACAGAGAGGUGGUCCAUCUGUCCAGACUGAAGAACGGGCUGAACGUGUUGGAGCUGUGGCAUGGGGUCACAUACGCAUUUAAGGACUUGGCCCUGGGCUGCACAGCACAGUUCCUGCAGUACUUUCUGGAGAAGAAGGAGAAGCACGUCACCGUGGUUGUAGGAACAUCUGGGGACACAGGCAGUGCUGCCAUUGAGAGUGUUCAAGGAGCAAAGAAUGUGGACAUGAUCGUUCUGCUGCCCCAGGGUCACUGCACGAAGAUCCAAGAGCUCCAGAUGACCACGGUGCUGAGGGAGAACGUCCAUGUGUUCAGAGUGGAGGGCAACAGCGAUGAGCUGGAUGAGCCUAUCAAGGCUGUGUUUGCUGAUGUGGCUUUUGUCAAGAAGCACAAUCUGAUGAGUCUGAAUUCCAUCAACUGGUCCCGGGUCCUCGUGCAAAUGGCCCACCACUUCUUUGCUUAUUUCCAGUGCGCGCCAUCCUUGGACACCCACCCCCUGCCCCCCGUGGAGGUGGUUGUGCCAACAGGGGCUGCCGGUAACCUUGCAGCCGGGUGCCUUGCUCAGAAGAUGGGCCUGCCCAUCCGCCUGGUCGUGGCUGUGAACCGCAAUGACAUCAUCCACAGGACCGUGCAGCGGGGAGACUUCUCUCUGUCCAAGGCCGUCGAACUGACCUUGGCUUCAGCUAUGGACAUUCAGGUGCCCUACAACAUGGAGAGGAUCUUCUGGCUGCUGUCGGGCUCUGACAACCAGGGGACGAGAGCCCUCAUGGAGCAGUUUGAAAGGACCCAAAGCACGAGUAUACCCAAGGAACUGCAUGACAAGCUUUCAGAGGCCAUGACGUCUGAGUCAGUGUCAGAUGAGGCCAUCACCCGGACCAUGAGUCGAUGUUGGGAAGAGAACCAGUACCUGCUGUGCCCUCACUCGGCUGUGGCCGUGAGUUACCAUUACCAGCAGACCGACCGGCAGCAGCCCAGCCUUCCCCGGUGCUGUCUGGCCCCGGCCUCUGCAGCCAAGUUCCCAGAAGCUGUCCUGGCUGCCGGGCUGACCCCAGAGACCCCCGCGGAGAUCCUGGCCCUGGAGUUCAAGGAGACGCGCUGCACCCCGAUGCGGAAGGGUGACGACUGGACGCUAAUGCUUCGGAACACCAUUGAGGGCCUGAGCUGGCAGCAAAGGGCUCAUUCCUGAGUGCUCCGGAAUAGCCGGGCUGGAUUUGAUUUGAGUCAAGUUGCUUUGUUGCUCUUGUAUCAGGGUCCCCUGUUCUGUGAACCCAGGGCGGAUGUCAUGGCACCACUAAAUAAAGUCGAAGUGCCUCCA